CUUCACAACUGGUGAAGAGUAAGGAGUGAAGAUGGAAACUUUAGCUGUAAAGAAGUGUUUUUCACAUGGGUUAUCUGGUGUUGUUGCUGUUACUGUGCCUGCUCCAAGUUUUUGCUUCUUUGGGACCAAUAUGUGCAAGGUUUCGGGGAGUUUAAGAAAAGGAAGUGUCGGGUUGACUGUGCGUGGGGAAAUUUUGACGAAGGUAAGAACUUUUGUCGUGGGGUCAAACCAAGUUUCUUCCUUGCAGACUCAAAUGGGGGUUUGGGAGGAGCCUGAUAAUGGGAGUGAUAGUGAUGAGGAGGAGGAGGAGGAAAUGGAAGAAACUGAUUUGGAUUUUGAGAGUGAUUGGGAGGAAGAGAGAAAUGGCGUUGAUGCUGCUAUGAGGGGUGAUGAGUCUGCAACAAAUCAGUAUGAAGAGGAACUUGUGAAAGGUUUUUGUUUUUCGUCUCCCUUCUUAUGCUUUGUAUUUUUUGAUGUCUGUUGUGUCUUGGUGUUCGUGUUCGUUGUUUUAAAAAUGGAAUUGGGUUUUGUGCUGUGUUUGUGA